GAUAUAACCUGUAACUUUUAUCGGCAUAGCCAAUUGUACUGAUAGUGAAAAAAUUAUUAAUUAAUUUAUUAAACGAGUUUUCGAAACCCUUUAUAAGUGAAAGAAAUAGUUUACAAAGAAAAUGUCAAGCAAAUCAAACACAGUUGAACGCAACGCCAACGGCUCUGCUAAGUCUUCGUCUCUGAAAGAAAUUUGUGCGCGGGCCUUGACCAAAUCAGAAUGGGAAGACAAGGAUGAGUUUCUUGAUGUGAUUUAUUGGGCUCGUCAGGUCUUUGGCAUCCUACUCGGCAUCAUUUGGGGAAUUGUGCCGCUCAAAGGUUUCCUGGGCCUUGUGUUAUUUGCCGGCAUCAGCUGCGGCGUUGUAUAUCUGUAUGCCAUCAACUUUCAGAACGUGGACGAGGAUGCAUACGGCGGAGCAUGGGAACUGGUAAAGGAGGGCUUUAUGACAUCGUUUGCCGGCUUUUUAGUGACGUGGAUCAUCUUUUACACCGGCCUGCACUACGAUUCCAUAAUGGCGGCCAAACCCACAUAAUACUAACAUAUUCAGAGAAUGCGCGCAUACGCGCACUGCAUUGAGAAAAAGCAAUUAUUUUAUAAUUCCAAGAGUCCAAAAUGCUAUUCCCGCAACAGUUUGUUUGCAGCGCCAAAGCAUAACACACACACCCCAUAUUUUGUCCGUAUAACGAGUAGAUUGUUAAAUUUGUAGCCAAUUAUUUUUGAUUAGUACCGAAUCGAUGUUUGCAUUUCAUUUCAAAUAUUUACAUUUUGUUUUCACUGGUUGUAUUUGAGCAUGUGAUUUUUCUGUGAAAAAUUGCAAAUCAGCAACCUGUUGAAAACGAAGGACGAGUUCUAUAAAGAAAAUUCAGAAAAUA